AUGUCGAACCGUGCGAUCGGUUAUUUGAGUCGGUACCUGCGUGCGCGCCCCGUUUGUGUCACAGUCACAUUUCAAUCUCGGAGGACUUAUACCCCCAAACGCAUUUUCGACACACGAAUUGAGGAUUAUUUGAAGAACAUAGAGGAGAAAAUCGGGAUGAAGAACCAUAACCAGGGAUUCCGGGCUAAGGGCUCUGAUCGACAAAAGAAGCAGAAACGGGGAGGAGAUUACAAUUUUGGGAAAGGCGAGGACCCCGAGGAAGCCUUGCAAAUUGAUAUCAAUCGUUUGCUCGAGAGUGCUCGAAAGGAGAGGGAUAGUUCAAAGUCCCCAGCUGAUACGCAGCCGUCCGAACUUCCCCAGCUAUUUUCCGAGCUUGAUGUCACGAUAUCUUCCACCUCUUCAAGCGGCGACGGGUUGGCCCUGUCCGAGGAUGGCAGUCGCGUCUACGUCGUUCCAUUCACAAUCCCCGGGGACAAGGCGACUAUCAAGGUUGUCAGACAUCUUGUGAAGGAGAAUCACAGCAUAACAGAUCUAAUCAAAGUCAAUGAGCCCGGCCCAGGAAGAGACGACUCCCUGAUCAAGUGCCAAUACUUUGGCGAAUGCUCAGGCUGUCAAUUACAGAUGCUGCCGUACGAGGAGCAGCUCAAGUACAAAAAGAAAUCGGUGGAAAAGGCAUACGCCAACUUCUCAGGCUUGAUCCCUGAAGUCAUUCCGACAAUCGGUGACACAUUUCCGUCACCACUCCAGUAUGGCUAUCGCACGAAACUGACGCCCCAUUAUGCAGCGCCUCCCAAGCGCUCGAAAAAUGCAUACCCCGAGUCAUCAGGAUAUACCAAACCUCCAGCGAUUGGAUUCAAUAUUAAAAACCGGCGUACAAAUGUUGACAUUGAAGACUGUCCCUUGGGUACAGACAUUAUUCGAAAAGGCCUAAAAAAAGAGAGAGCGCGUGUUUUGAGAAACUACGAACAAUACCACAAUGGCGCCACGAUACUUUUGCGUCAAUCAACAAGUCGACUGAAGAAGGACAACUACGACCCAGAAAACCCCCCGCACGACGAUACCGUUGCCAUUUACAAGGACCAUCCCGAGUAUGUGGAAGAGCAACGGUAUGUAACAAACCAAAACGGAUACUCUACCGACUACAUCGACGACUUCAUCCUGGGAAACAAGGCUGGAGCCUUUUUCCAAAAUAACAAUUCCAUCCUAUCCCCAUUCACGGAAUACAUCCGCCAGCAAAUCCACCCAAAGACGCCCCGAGAGAAUGAAAAGCCGAUCAAGUACCUGAUCGACGCAUACUCUGGCUGUGGGCUAUUCACCGUAACGCUUUCAACGGCCUUCAAGUCGUCCCUUGGCAUUGAUAUUGACGUCAAUUCCAUCGAAUGCGCGCGGGAUAAUGCCCGCAAAAACAACCUCCCCAACACCGGCUUUGCCGCUGCUGAUGCGCCUUUGCUUUUCAACCGAGUCCCCUAUCCUCCCGACGAAACCUUUCUCGUCAUCGACCCGCCAAGAAAGGGCUGCAGCGAGGAUUUCUUGAAACAGCUUCUCAAAUUCGGGCCCCGUCGCGUGGCCUAUGUGAGCUGCAACGUCCACACGCAGGCCCGCGAUGUUGGCUACAUGGUGGAAGGAAACAGCAAUUCUCGAUACGAAAUCGAAAGCAUUCGCGGAUUUGAUUUCUUUCCUCAGACUAGCCAUGUCGAAGGGCUUGCGAUUCUUAACAAGGUUCCGAAAGAUACACCUUCAGAGGAGAAAUAA